GCUUUUAGCCGUGUGCCCGAAGCAGGCAGGCUGUUGUUUGUAUUUUUGCAAGCAAGUUUUUGAGUUGAUAUACUAUCCAGAGCUGCUAGUUGACUGGCCGAACUGAUCUAUUUGGUGAGAGUAAAGGCACGGUCACCUUCAUUUACUGCGGGCUGGUGCGGGCGGCAGGUGGGUGACGUGGGUUGGUGGCUAGUGAAUAUAUUCGUCGAACCGACUAUAUAAAGGAGUGUUCUUGAAGGACUUUGCUUUAGCGGAAGACUGCAGGCAUAAAGUAUCCAUCAACCAUGGGCGACAAAAGUGGAAAGACAGCCCUGGAACCCAUCCAGGAGUUCUCACUGGAAUCUGACUCAGAGCUGAGAUUUGAAGUACUGGAGCAGAACAAGAAAGCCAAGGUCACCCUGGAGCUGACAGCUGGUCUGGCUGAGAUAUUUGGCACAGAAUUGGUGAAGAAAACAGUCUACACAUUCCGCGCCGGAGCCAAGGUGGCCGUGUUCACGUGGCAAGGCGCACAUGUUCGGCUACGCGGCCCCACUGACGUGGCAUAUGUAGCGAAGGAGACGCCGAUGGUCAUGUAUCUGAACACACACGCGGCGCUGGAGCAGAUGCGGCGGCGCGCUGAGAAGGAAAGUGGUCGCGGCCCCGUCUGUAUGGUGGCCGGGCCGACCGACGUCGGCAAAUCCACGCUUGCCACAUUAUUGGUCAACUACGCGGUGCGUGCCGGCCGCCGCCCACUUCUGGUCGACUUGGACGUGGGCCAGGGCGCCAUCUCGGUGCCGGGCACCAUAGGCGCCAUGAUGGUGGAGCGCGUGGCCGCCGUGGAGGAGGGCUUCACACAGACCUCGCCCAUCGUGUACCACAUGGGACACAAGAGCCCCGGCGACAACACAGCUUGCUACCGGCUACUGGCCAGCAAGCUGGCCGAGACCGUCAACAGCCGGAUGCGUGCCAACCGACGCGCGGGCGCCAGCGGGUGCAUCAUCAACACCUGCGGCUGGGUCAAGGGCGGGGGAUAUAAGGCGCUGACGCACAUCGCCGUGGCGUUCGAGGUGGAUGUCGUGCUCGUGCUCGACCACGAGCGGCUCUACAAUGAGCUGGUACGUGACAUGCCGAACUUCGUGGAGGUCGUGUUCCUGCCCAAGAGCGGCGGCGUGUCGGAGCGAAACAAAAUGCAGCGGAUGGAAGCGCGCGACGCGCGCAUCCGCAGCUACUUCUACGGCCAGUGCGGCGAGCUCUAUCCGCACUCUUUCGAUGUCAAGUUUUCCGACGUCAAGGUGUUCAAGAUCGGCGCGCCCAAGAUUCCCGAGUCGGCACUGCCGUUGGGUAUGAAGAUCGAGGACAACGACACCAAGAUGGUUCCGGUAACACCAGGGCCGAAUCUGCUUCACCACCUGCUGGCCGUCAGCUAUGCGGAGUCGGUCGACGAGGACCUCAUCACCACCAACAUGGCCGGCGUAGUGUGCGUGACGGCCGUGGACACGGAGACCGAGACGCUGACGCUGCUCUCGCCACAGCCGCGCCCCUUGCCGCGCAGCGUGCUGCUCCUCUCAGAGGUUCAGUACAUGGACACUCAGUAGCGGCCGGCACGCGGACGGCGGGCGCCAUUGCAUCCUGUCAUCGGAGCCUCUGUGUUUGGUUGCUGUUCCUGGGUGAUGCUCUGUGGGGGUUCGCCGACGACGUGCACUGAAUGAAGCGGGGUUUAGGCUCCUGAGUGGUGUGUCGUGGAACAAAUUGAGUUUGCGCCGUCAUGUGAACGAGUCUGUCAUUCACAAGUGCUCGGAGGCUGAAGUUCAUCGAUUUCUUCAUGUGUCACGCGUGUGGUAUUUCCAAUACACGUGGUGAAAAUAUGUACAAAU